GUGCUGGAGAAUCUGUCGUGUUCGGCCGUGCUGUUGGGCUGGGGCUCUCUGCUCAUCAUGCUCAAAGGACAGGGCUUUUACUCCCACCUGUGCACAGAAAAUAAGACUGAGGGUGUGAACGCUAGCGCACCAGAUGAUUGGCUGAGUUGUGUGGAACAGGAAGAAAUGCUGAACUUGGGCUUCACCAUUGGCUCAUUCCUGCUCAGUGCUGCCACAUUGCCACUGGGUAUAUUGAUGGACCGGUUUGGCCCCAGGCCUCUUCGCCUUACUGGAAGGAAGCAACUCCUCUCUGCUCUCAUUUUUCUGGCUCUUUCACUCAAUGGCUUCGGCGGGAUCUGUCUGACCUUCACAUCUCUCACGCUGCCAAACAUGUUUGGAAGUCUGAGCUCCACUGUGCUGUCACUGAUGAUCGGCUCCUACGCUUCAUCGGCUGUCACCUUCCCUGGAGUCAAGAUCAUUAGGAAAAAGAUGCAUUCAACCGAAAACCACAAAGUAUGGUCUGAAGAGGCGACGGGAGAAGCCGAGAGACUGCCAGCUGUGGCUCAGGACGCACAAGCUUCGGUCCCGUUCCGGUGCUCCGUGUUCUCUCCCAUCUUUUUGUGGAGUCUGGUCACUAUGGGAAUGACUCAGCUGAGAAUCAUCUUCUUUAUGGGAGCCAUGAACAAGAUGCUGGAGUUCCAGGUCAUCCACGGAGAGGAGCACCAUGGGAAUGUGCUUGUAACUCUUGCUCUCUUUGUCCAGAUUCUGACGUUUAUUUUGCACACUAUGGUGCGAGGUUUCAUUCACUCGUGUUGUGGAGGACUGUAUGCUGCUGUGUGAGUAUAAACACAUAUACAGUACACACAUUCAAGUAUCUGUUUAUUGGCUUCCUCUAAAUCUGUUGUUCAUUCGCACUGGCAAGUACAGACUUAUCAAAUCAGAUGGUUAUAAAGCUGCACUUGACUGGAUCAGGUUUGCCCUGUUUGUGUGUGAAGUAUAGCGCAGAGUGUGUGUAAAACUCAGAUCCAGUAACACGGAUUAUAACCAAAUCACAUGUACGCCUUUGACCUGUCAUUUUUAUGCCACAGCGCUUCAUUACAAUCUCAGUAUUAAGAAGUGUGCAGACUUGAGACAAACUAAAUGUGACCCUGCAGCACAAAAGCAG